AUGGGCAUCUGUCCAUGCUUUGGGAGGAAUCACGAGAAGAAGAAGAACAUUACCAUCACAAGCACCAGGACCCAAAUGAUGAUGAAUCAAGAACAACAAGAACAACCCGACACUGCAGAUUACCAGGAAGAAGCUCAUCAUCAACAUUCUUCCUCCUUUCCUUUUCCUAACCCUGUUAAAUUGCCAUCCACUCAAGAACCAAGAUUGAAAUGUGCAAUUUCACUAGAUAGCUCUCCUACUGCUAAGUCAAAUCCCACAUUCUCCUACCGGGAACUCGCUGCUGCCACAAACAAUUUCAGGAGCGAAUGCCUCAUUGGAGAAGGUGGUUUCGGUUCAGUUUAUAGAGGGAAGAUCGAGAGGACUGACCAGGUUGUUGCUGUUAAAAAGUUAGAUACUUCAGGCGUUCAAGGGUCGAAAGAGUUCCUUGUGGAGGUUCUAAUGCUUUCUCUGUUACACCACCCUAACCUUGUUAAUUUGGUCGGUUUUUGCGCCGAGGGGGAGCAACGCCUACUUGUAUAUGAAUACUUGCCUUUAGGAUCUCUGGAAUAUCACCUCCAUGAUCUUCCACCAGAUGAAGAGUCACUGGAUUGGAAUACAAGGAUGAACAUAGCUGCUGGCAUUGCUGGAGGCUUGAAUUACCUUCAUAACGAAGCUGACCCUCCUGUAAUUCACAGGGACUUGAAGUCGUCAAAUGUAUUAUUGGAUGAAGGUUUCUACCCAAAACUUUCAGACUUCGGGCUAGCAAAGUUUGGUCCUACCGAAGAUAAGUCCCAUGUUUCAACCAGGGUCAUGGGAACUGAGGGUUAUUGUGCACCGGAGUACUAUGACACAGGAAAACUGACAGCCAAAUCUGAUGUUUAUUGCUUUGGGAUCCUCUUGCUGGAGAUAAUCUCCGGGCGUAAAGCCAAGGACACAUGCAGGGAAGAGGGAAAACGUACUCUCCUCGAAUGGGCACAUCCGUUGUUGAAAGAUGCAAAGAAAUUCGAAGAAAUAGUUGACAAGCGAUUAGAAAGGCAUUUCUCGGAAUCAGGGCUACGCCUGGCUAUAGAUGUUGCCUUAAGGUGUCUACAGGACAUGCCUCGGUUACGCCCUUCAAUGAAGGAUGUUUUGAGUGCCAUGAAUCUGUUGACAAGCCCGCGAUUUAGGUAUAGUGCAACACCGGCACAUGGCAGCAAUGAGCCUAAAAACGACGAGUGUGAGCUGAGGGCAGGGGAAGACGGUGGUGCAGAGGGAGCUUUGAAAUCGUCCAACAAGGAUCGAGAACGAGAGCAAGCUGUUGCAGAAGCCAAGUUGUGGGGAGAAACUUGGAGGGCUAAAAUGCAUCAAUCUGGACAGAGUGAUAUUGAGAAAUCAAAUAUAUAG